AUGUUUGCACAACCCUGCUAUUGCUCACCGAAUUUCGACAUUCGAACUCGCAGACCACCAAGUACCACCCUAGCACCAUCACUGUACGAUCGAUCGAUCGAAUUCACUGGGACUCUCACCGGUGUUGCUUAUCGUGCAAGAAGACAGAAGAAAAUCAGUACGAGGACAUCACCUUGGUCUAAAAUCGAUUGUCCCUUAUUAACUUCAAAACCGAUUUCAGCCCUUUUGAUCAUUAUCCCUCAGUAUCUGGAAAGAUUUCCAGAGCUUGACUUGAAAUUUGACACAGAGUAUAGUAAACCAAUUGACAAUUUGAUAAUAAAUCAAUCGAUUGGAAACUACAAUCCUGCAAUAGUGAAUCUAGAUAAAGUUCAUCCAGAUUUUCCUGCACUGAACCACGAUCAUCUUGAAGACAAGAUCAGGAAAGUCUCACACCUCGAUUGA